CGGCGCCUCCUCUCCUUCUUCCUCUUCCUCGAGCCUCCACUCCAGCAACAACCCGAGCACAACCAAGAAGCCUCCUGCGACUCGCGCAUCCAUGGCCUGGCUCCCACGGCCGUGGCCAAGGUCUCUUGAGGCUUGGCCUUGAAGACUUUGGCCACGUCCAUGGUGGCCAAGGCAUCCUGUGGAAGUUGCAGAUCCAGAUGGCCAUAGUUGCAUCUCGUGUUCAUGGCCUUGCCUUGCAGAUGGAUUCAGCUACUAUGCCCACGGGUGUCGAUUGUGUAUUUGGUUCUCGAUUUGUCAGAUUUUUGCAGUUGGAUCUGGAUGAGUUUCCUUUGUGUAUUUCGUUCUCGAUUUGUCAGAUAUCUGCAGUUGGAUCUGGAUCUAGGCUCCAUGUUGGCGGUCACGGCGUGUUCUGAGUUUUUCUUCAGUGCAGGAUCUAUCCUUGUCCUUGAUCGUGAUUACGCUACUAUUGUAGGACGUAAUUGCAAAACUAUCGUGGCUUGUAAUACAGGCCGCCGUUUAUUUUUUCCGAUUUUGCAUUGCUGGGCUUGUAAUUCGUUCGGCCCAUCUAAUUUGGCUAGAUUUUGGGCUUGGGCUCCUUUUGUCUCUCGAAUUGAAAUUCUGGCUGGGCAUGUCUGUUUGUAAGCAAAUCUGGGCUGUUCUGGGCUAAAGCCCUGCCUCUUGCCCUAAUAUUUCGCUAUUUAUACCCCAUUCCUCGCUCUCCACGCGCCCUAGAAACCCUAACCCGACAGAGACGGCGGCUGUGGCUGAGAGGAAACCCUAACCCGACAGAGACGGCGGCUGUGGCUGAGAGGAAACCCUAACCCGACAGAGACGGCGGCUGUGGCUGAGAGGAAACCCUACCCCCAUCUCGCCGGCGAUCCCGUUGAUCUGCAGCGAUGGCGGCCAGGACCGCCCUUGUAUCUGCCUUGAACGGGUUUCGAGCCGUUCGUCAGGUUACCAGGAUGGUGGAUGUUCCUGCUGGUAGCUCGUCCGUCUGCUGCGCUUCUGCCUGCAGGAUGGCUCGUUUUCUACCUCUGGAUGGUGGUGCACGUUACUCCUGUACCAAAAAAGUAUGGCACUCUCUGCCCCUGUCUCUCCCUGAUGAGAUCUCUCCCCUUGAUGGACUGUUCAUGUUCUUCUGAUAAGGAGCCUGACAGUCUGCUGAGGGACAAUGUUAAGCAGGCAGUUUUGCAUGGUUUACAGGAUGCCCUUGGGAAGUCAAAGAAUGAUGACAUUUCGGGAUUGAAGCUCUCAGUUAUCCGAGAGGGCGUGGCUGCAGCCCUGAAGGAAUCUUUGUCCCAGUACAACAUCUGUUUCUAUUGUGAUGAUACUGAUCCUCACAUCAGGAUAAUGAUACAAGAGGCAGUCGAAGAGGGGCUGAAAGCUUAUGGAUACCAGAUUCCCAAGAAAGAUUCUAAAAGUGGGGAAUCACCUUCUUUGAUGUCUGGCCAUGCCCAUUCCACUGGUGCUGAGUUCUCUGCCCAUGGUGCUGCCAGUUGUGAUCCUGGAUUUGGGUUGCCUGGUUCCUCCCAGCCCAAUGACCCUUCUGAUGAAGAAUUCGAUCCCCGCCUCCUAGCCUUGAUGCGCUACGUGGGUCACUGUGUGACCAAGUCUGUUGGCAUAGGCUUUGAAGAUGCGUUGAAGAGGAAGCUGCAACCUGAUUCUGGGGAACCCACCCUUAAUCAGGAUGAGGAAGCUGAUGAUGAACCUGAUGAGGAUUGGACCUUCAGUGAUGCCAGGUUUGCAAGGCAGAAUCGCAGAUUCAGAAAGUCUGAAGAGAAGAAGGAACAGAAAAGGAGAGAGCAAGAUGCUAAGUACACAAAACUGAUGAAAGAGAAGGCUGCAAGAGCUGAGGAGGCGAGAAAGGAGGACCGGCUGGAGUUUAUCAAAGAAGGCGUCUUGGGGUUACAGAAGUCUCUAGGCAAAGUUGGUGAGAGUGUCGAUGCUGGCUUUAACAAAAGCCAGCAGGCCAUUGACACUGCUUAUCAACUAGAGCUUGUGAACUCCCAGACUCUUCUUCUCUCCCUCGGUGUCUUGGAGGAUAUGUCUAAGGAUUUGGGUUACUUGAUGUUCAAAGCUGCUCAAGAGACGAAGAGGCUGGAAUCUGAAAAGCUUUGGGUAUAUGUUGGACUUGAGAAGCUCAGUCAGAAGCUGCCUUUCAAUCUUGCUGUGCACGUGAAGAGCAUCGUGAGGAACGUCAAUGAGUCGAAGGCGCUAUACCCCAUUGCGGGGUGUGCCAUUGUUCUCAGCAGGGCGCAUUUCACACCGCUGGAGUGGGUUGAGAUAGCCAAGAUCUCAAAUGACGAUUGGGUCGAGAAAUGGACCAAGAAGCUUCAGGAAGUUCAUGAGAGGAGCAAGAACAAGACUGGAUAAGGUCCCAGUCACAGUGAAGGCAGGGAAGAGUGAGGUAAUGGCGGCAAUCGGGUCUAAAGGAUAGGAUAGGAGGCAGGCGAGUGAGACGGUGUCUGUCUUGUAAACUGUUAAGAGGUCCAGAACUUUGUGCUUGUGUGAUGACGUUGGGCAAGUCCUUUUAUGUUGUGAGCCUCUGCAAACUGCAAUGGACAUCUUGUCUUA